AUGACGGGUGUUUUAGUAUUGUAUGGCAUGGACAUCAGUCCCCCAGUCCGUGCUUGUAAACUGACUUUGCGAGCCCUGAACUUGGACUACGAAUACAAGGAAAUAAAUCUUCUGGAAAGAGAGCACCUCAGCGAAGAUUUCCUUAAGAAGAACCCUCAACACACCGUGCCGCUACUCGAUGAUAAUGGAACAUUCAUCUGGGACUCACAUGCCAUUGUUUGCUACCUGGUGGACAAGUACGGCAAAUCGGAUGAGCUCUAUCCCAGGGAUCUGGUAAAGCGGGCUCGAGUGGAUCAGCGACUGUUCUUCGAUGCGAGUAUUUUAUUCAUGUCCCUGCGGAAUGUUAGUUUGCCCUAUUUCUAUCACCAAGUGAACGUGGUGCCCAAGGAGAAGGUCGAUAGCAUCAAAGAUGCCUACGGCCAUUUGGAGACCUUUCUCGGUGACAAUCCCUAUCUAACUGGAUCAAAUAUAACCCUGGCUGAUUUCUGUUGCGCAGCCACUGCCUCCGCACUGGCUGCUGUGCUCGAAUUGGAUCAGCAAAAAUAUCCCAAGGUGGCGGCCUGGCUCAAGCGUCUUUCCAGUUUGCCCCAUUACGAGGAAGACAGCUCUCGCAGCUUGGAGAAAUACAUUAAUAUGCUGAAGCCCGGCUUAAAAUUUGAGCAAUAA